AUUUUGAUAAAUAUUUGAGAGUCCAUUAAAUGAGGAUCUCUAAAUAUCAAUUUUAAAAAAUUCAAAAAGGCUUUAUAAUGUCUGCUGCAUUCAAAAGAGAUGUUUCUAUAAAUUUGGGACUCUACAGUGAUUCUAUUGGAGAUGUCACAAGGAAAAGACAGUCUAUUCUUAGAGUGAGUACAAUUAGUGCCUUAUAUUUCAUUUAGAGAUGGUUCUUGGUUUAUGAAUGAUUGAUUUAUAUAUACUCCUUAUUACGACCAUCAUAAUUUUUAGAUUUUUGUAAAAUGUAAAAAAAUUAUGUUAAAGGUUUUAACCAAAAUGAACUUUUUACUGUUUUCUUGAUUUCUGUUAAUAUUUUUUCACCUUUUCUUUUAUGUUCAUAGUGCAUUGUUUAAAUAAAACACACUUUUUAAAUAUUUAAUACAAUGCCCAUUGCAUGUGAAAAUAACAUAUAGGAUUGCAUGGUAUACACAUAAAGGGCAUAUUUAGGUGGUUUUAUGAAUAAUGAAAAAAGAAAGAAAGAAUGGCUUUUAGGAACAGAACUCAAUUAUAAAUUGAGAUCUGCCUAUCCAGCUCUAACACAUAACUCAUUCUGUCACUAUAAGUCUUUGAAUUUGAAUUCUCACUCAUCUCGAGCCUUAUAUUCAAACACUUGUUUUUCUGCUUUUCCUAUCAUGCAGCAUCCAUUUAGUCACAAUGAUACAACUCUAUUCUUUGUUGUUUUUUUUGUUUUGUCUGCUGAAGAAGAUAUCCAGCUGAAACAUUCUUUUGACUGCCCUGUCUUUUCAUUUCAAGAUGUAUCAUAUCUUUUUCUACUAUUUCCUCUGCAACAAAUGUAUCACAUCUUGUUCUACUAUUUCCUCUACAACUAAUGUAUUAUGUUUCAUUUCACCAUACACUUAUUCUAACUUCUCCUAUAAUAUAAAAAAAAAAGAUAUAUAUUCCCAAUUCUAUUUGCUAAGGAAUUCAAACUUGAAGCCAUGUUGAGAUUUUAAAUUCAGAUAAAAAAACUUAUUUGAAAAAUUGACAUGUAUAUUUCAUGUAAUUAAAAUUCAAACCAAAACCCAAAAUAUAAUUAGAUUUCUACUUAAUUAUGAGAAAAACAAAUUUGUGAUUUUUAUUUAAUUUUUUAAAUUUUAAAUAAUUAUUGCAAAAACUGGGACAUUAUUAAACAAAAUAGUAUUCAUCGAACAAAAUCAGGGGCUUAAAAAAACAAUCAUCAAGCAGAGCAGUUUUUUAAGUCAAAUAAGUCUCAGCAUGUUUUUAUUUCCAUAUAGGUUUAUCAUAGCGCACAACUUCUACCCAUAUUGUUUAAAGGUAAUUUUUUUUAUUUUCAGUCGUGGCGGCGCUUGUCUACGUUACAGCGCAUGGUGAUUGGAAUACUGCUACUGUGCACUGUGGUAGUUGCCAUAUUCAUCUUGCCCGGGAUAUUAUCAAAUGAGGAUAAAUCCAGAGAGGAAGAGUUAAAAAAGGUGCAGCCCAGUAAUAUUACUCCAUUUGCUGUCUUACACCAAAUUCCUAAUGUGAAGAAGUUUGAUGAAAAUCUGGCCAGUCUUAAGGAGAAGGCAAUGUAUUUUUCUUAAAGCUUGAAGCCGUGACUUCCACUGUCAUAUUUUGUAUAGCAUCAAAAGCUUCCACUUUCCUAAAAGCAUCUUGGGACCAACAUAUUUGUUUUGUUUUUUUCAUAAUUAUUUAUUAUUCCUCAUUGUUUGCUACAAAUUAUGUUACACUUUUUCAAAAAGAACAUUUGCAUGGCUUUGAUCUAAAAUUUAGUUGUUAUGAAUUGAUAUUUUUAACUUGAUCCAGGAUUUUCGAAACUUUUAUUAUUAAUUUAGAGUUAUAUUGACAACAAUUUUUUAAAAUAUUUCUUUUUUUUACCCUUUAAUCAUACACGGUGAUUAACAUACUGACUAAUAAGAACACAAAAAAUACUUAUAACUAUUAUCCUUUUAAAAGAAUAUUUCACUGUUGCUCUGAGUUCAUUAAGUUAACCUGAUAUUUUAGAUACAAUGUGAAAACUUUCCUUAAAUUAAGCUAAUUAUAAUACUGCAAAAUGUUCUGAUACAGAGAUUAUUGAAUAAUGGCAUAGUGAUAACCAGUUCAUCAAUGAAAAAGAAAAAGUUACAUAACUGAAAAGAUUUAGCUUAAAAUAGAAAAGCAAAAGGGAUAUAGAUUAAUCAAUUUUCAGCUUCAAUGUUUUGUUGACGUGUGUUAUGUUGUGUCACCCAAUCAUUUCUCAUACUUAUACCUGCACGCUUCCUCUGUUACCAUUUUUAUCAAUUACUGCAUGCGUUUUUAAACAUGUAUCUUCUCAGCGUCCUCCAUUGCCAAAUAAAGUUCAAAUCUUUUGGUAAUACUUAUAAAUAAUAAUUUUUAAAAAUGGUCUCACUAAAUGAAAAGAAGAUAUAACUUGAAACCUAAUUUCUCUGCUUCCUGUCUGACUGCUAAGAUUUAAUUUAAAAUUUCAAAAUAAUAAAUCAUCAUCCCACAUCAUAGUAAUCUUACUUAUUUUAUUUUAACCUCAACAAUAACUGAGAUGAUUCAGAUGUAUGAAGCAAAUGUAUGUAAAUAAAUCCUCUUUGUAUUCAUUGAGCUUUGAAUUAGUCACCAUGGACUUGCCUUAGGCUUAAAUGUUAUUUUUGUACUAUGGUUUUAGGAGGCACCCAUUUCUUUGACCAAUGAAGUCUAAUUGAAAAAUGUCUUUUAGUCCAGGGUGACCACUGUUUUUUUUAGGUUUUAUAAUUAAAAUGAAAUUUGUUUGCAUAAGUUAUGCUCAGUAGUAAACUUGUGUGUGUUCUGUCUCCAAUGUUCAAAGCAACUACUCAUGAAGCAUGAUCUCAUAUAAUAGAAAUAUUGCUUUAGAAGUAUUUGUGUCAAAAUAUUAUAGUUUCAAUCGCAAUAAAUACACUUUUUAAUGAGAAUUUUCCAACUAUAGUUGAAGGCAUAAGGCAAUGAGUUCAGAUUUCUUUUAUUUGAAUAAGAGAAGGCUUGGCCUCUCAACAACAACAAAAAAAAAGUAUCCCAAAAGAUCAGUGAUCUCAUUAUACUAUACCAUUAUAUAGCAAUUAAUUAUGAUGACUGAGAAAAUUCUAAACAAAGACUAUUUGUCAGUGUAGAAAUUUCUUGCCAGAUUUAUAAAAGGCCUACAUUUACAGUGAGGAGUGGCAACACCUUGCAUUAGCUCAAGAUAUAGAUGUUUUAUAUUCCACUAAUUUGAUGGAUAUGAUUUUUCUCCCUCUGAGAAAAGAACAAAUGGUUCGCUGAUCAAUAUGCUCUAGUGUGCUUAUAAAAUCAAUAAACCACUUUUUUCCAAGUCAUAUCAUCAUAUCUUAUGUUACAGCUAACUCAAAUAGUGGUAUUAAUGUUAUGUUGACUUGUUUUAUUUUUAGGCUGAACUUGACCAACACAUUGAAAAAGAGGCAGAAAGACUUUCAGCAAAUAACAAUGCCAAUCAAAUGGUAAGCAUCAAACAGUAAUAUUGUUUGCAUAGUCAUCUAGUUGGGACUAGAUAAUUACUGCUCCACUGCUUACUUUUCUUAGAUGUACAUAUGAGCUGGUUCUUAAUUGAUAAUAUUUUUAAGGAUUAGGUUUAGGCUUUAAGAAAAUAACAGAUUUUAAAUAAAGAUUUAUUUGGCAGACAAUUGAAUAAUUAUUUAUUGUAUUAGUAUAACAAAAGUUUUGUCUGCAUCUAUUUAAAAUUCAGUGUUACAAAUCGGUUCUAUCCGAAGGUUCGAUGGCUUCGUUCUAGGGGUUUAAUUAUAUUCACUUCACAAACCAUAGAUUAUUAAUAUUAAAAUACAGCAUUUUUAUUAACUAAAUCUCAACUGCCAUUACUCACAAGACAACACUACACAACAAUAAUAAAAAUAUGUCAUUCCCCUUUUGCGCAAUACUUCACAAAAUAUCAAAGAUUUAAUAACAACAUCUACCCAAAUACUCUCCAAACAACACGCAAUCACAAUAUACGUUCAAGUCCUUAACAUUCAGUUUAUAUAUAUAUAUAUAUAAUAUAUAUAUUACUUCCGGCAUCCUUCCGUCUCGUGAGACGAUGGUGCAUCACCGUUGGUUUGGGUUGCAUUUUCUCGAGUGGCUGUGCAGUCCUAUCCUUGAGUGACAGUCUUUACCACCAUAUAUAUAUAUAUAUAUAUUAUAUAUGUGGGAACCUAUAGCUUAAACAAAAAUACUAUACAAGUUUGCAUUUAAAUGUCUCUCAGUUGUAUAUUGUUCAUAAGACAGAGGAUAUGGUACAGUCUACAACUUAAAAGUCAUUCUCAUUUAAAAUUGAUUUAUCAAUAGUUGCAUCUCUGCAUUGUUAAGUUUUCAAUUAAACAUAGUUAUCACUGUGAAAUUCCAGCUAUCUUCUCCAAGUUAUUUUCUCAUAAAUUAACAUUAGUCCUGCAGGAUGGUUCCUUUUUAUUAGAAAUGUAAUUUAAAAAGUUGAGCUCAACAUAUUCAUUUAUGUGUUUGUAAGUGUCAGUGUAAGAUGAAGAAGUGUUAGUACCAAUGACCAAUUCGCGAAAAAUCAGAGUUAAAAUGUUAUUGCCUUUUGAUGUUUGCUCUUGAUUCAGCUUCCACCGACAAUUUAAAGGCAAAUGUUUAUUGUUAUGAGGUCUAACUCACUGCACUGUGUUUCUGUUACUUUCACCCAAUAUUACACUAUGUUUCUUCAUUCAAAAAAAUGUGUAGUGAACGCUGUGUCUUCUUAUCAAUCCGUUAGAGUUAAAUUACCAAGUGAAAAUGAGGUCAUAGGAAAGAAUACAGUUUGCUUUUUUUAUUAAUAAGACACGAACAAAUUGUGUCAAUAGAACAAUAUGAGUUAGCUUUAAUAAUAAUUGUUCUAUUGACACAAUUUGUUCGUGUCUUAUUAAUAUAUUUUAAAGCUUUAUUGCAGUCCAACACUUUUUAUAAUUAGUUAACUUUUUUUAUUAAAGGAAUUAAAGGAAAAACAUCCUUAAAAUGUAUUUGGUGUAAUGGCUGACCUGUAUGUGUAUUUGGUGGAUAAUUGUGUCUAACCAUUAUAAUAAACAAUAAUUACAAUAAUUGGCAAAUAUAAUAGGAUUUAUGCUGUUUUGCCAGGACAUAUGUUAUACAUAUUAUAUAUAUUAUUAUUUCAGAUGCCACCAUUAGAAGAACAUAGUUUGAUAUCAACAUAUGAUUUCUUUGGUGAGAAUUUAUUAACUUUGUUCUUAUUUAAGUUAAACGUACCAUAUUUAUUAUAAUAACAUGUUUUCGGUUAAACUUAACAUGCCGGUAUGGCAGUAGGCUAUCCUGAAAUAGUCACCAUUUUCAUAAUAUUCCUAAGAUUUCAUGUGCAAAAUAUUGCAAGACAAUGGUUAUCACAUCCCAAACUGAUUGACCUCAUAUUCCAUUUUUCUAAUUGUGCAGUAUGUCAUUUAAUAUAUGGUCAUGUUUAUUUAUCAGGGACUGAAUUUUGGCAGCAUCUAAAAUGGUCAUUGUUUAACAAACCAGUCUAUUUCAUAAUUGUUUAACAAACUGGUCAAUUUCAUAAUUGUUUAACAAACCGGUCUAUUUAGAUAUUGUUUAACAAACUGGUUUAUUUCAUAAUUAACAAACUGGUCUAUCAUAUAAUUGUUUAACAAACUGGUCUAUUUCAUAAUUGUUUAACCAACUGGUCUAUUUACUUAUUGUUAACAAACCGGUCUAUUUGAAUAUUGUUUAACAAACUGGUUUAUUUCAUAAUUGUUUAACACACUGGUCUAUUAUAUAAUUGUUUAACAAACUGGUCUAUUUGAUAAUUGUUUAAUCUACUGGUCUAUUUGAUAAUUGUUUAACCAACUGGUCUAUUUCAUAACUUUUCACUUUGCAGGCCAAACCCAAAGUGCCAGACAAAAGGAAAUAGUGUCUGCAUUCAAACAUGCCUGGGCUGCUUACAAAAAGUAUGCCUGGGGUCACGAUGAACUUCACCCUAUCAGCAAGACAUCGACUGAGUGGUUCGGUACAGGUCUUACUCUAGUGGACUCCCUCGAUACAAUGGUUAUUAUGGGCUUAAAAGAAGGUAUAUUUCUUAAAUAGUGAGAUUCUAGGACUCUUGUCCCCCUGCACAGUAAUAUUGCAGGUAUUUACCGUAUUUUACAGACUAUAAGAUGCACUUUUUUCUUUGAAAAAUUGCCUAUAAUGUUCAGGUGCGUCUUAUACUGAAAAUUAAUGUAAAAAUGGUAAAAUUUGUUAUUUUUUAAAAAAAUUGCUUAAAAAUUAAGGUGCGUCUUAUUGUCCGUAAAAUAUGAUAAUCAUUGAUAAUUCAUAAUGAAAUGAGCUUUAAAAUUCGCUUUAUGGAAAUAAAAAGCCUUCCGGGUACCUCAUACUUCUGAGAGAACUUAGCCGGGUACAGUUUUUUUAAAUGUAAUUUUUUAAAAAUGAAAAGGAACUGCCAAAUUUCUUCUAAUUUAUCAAAAUUCUCAAGCGAUCCCUGACAUUUUUUCAGGCGACCCCUGAGAGGGUCCUGAUCCACAGGUUGAAAACCUCUGCCCUAACACAUAAGCAUAACAAAAAUUAAACAAGGAAUGAAGCUUCCCUAAUUCCAUAAGUGUUGCUGGUCGCUUGUUGGUAGAAGUUUUCAUUUUUCUGAUACCAACAUACACAUAUAAUUUUAAUAAAUAUCUAUAUCAUCAUCAUGGCGAUACCAUCCUAGUCUUCCUUUAAUUAAGCAAUUAGCUUCAUUUAUUAAAUGAGUGUUAAAUUACAUUACUAUUCAUGAACUUUGUGAAAGAACUAAGAAAUGCUCCUCACACACACACACACACUUUGGCUACUCAGUAUCAUCAGCCAGUCAGGAAGUGAAAUGAAAUAUUUAUUGUAAAUAGAAAAUGCCAUGGUCAUAGCAAAAGAAAUGCAUCUUGCAAAGACAAAAGUACAUUAUUAUUUUCAGAGUUCUGCAGUUUCAUUUAGCUUACAUUUAGUUUCGCACAAAUUGGUAGUAAUUUUUAUAUUAUUAUUUAUUUAAUUCAGGUAAAAUUUACACAAUAUUAGAAAAUGAGAAGAUAACUGUUUUUUUUAAACACCCAGACCUGCUUCCAUUUUUUUUUUGCUGGGUCCGUGUAUGUGCCGGGUGUGCUAAUACUUGAAAUUUCCAGAUCCUAAUUGUUAAAAUUAACACAUUUCAGCCACCUACGAAACAGCUAUUGUAAUUACAUUUCUGGUGAAUUGUGAAGGAAAUACUUUCAGAAAAUAGCCCCUUUUAAAAAAUACAUUGCUGUGCUGAUAUUUCUGGGGGGCUGGUUAUUCAAUUUGUAAAUCGAAAAAUUUGUUUUUAUUUUUACACAUUAUUUCAAUGAGUUGUUGAACUUGUUGAGUCUUAAGUUAAAUUUGAGUCUCAGUGACUUCAUAAAUCAAUACUUAUGUUUAUUGGGAAGGAUAGAAAUAAAAGUUUAAUAGUGAUAUAACCAGUUCCCACAAGAAAACAAAAUGUAAAAAAAUCUCACAACUUUUAAACAUGUUAUUACUGAAACACUUAUUAUAGUUUUGACAUGAAUUACUGUGGGAUGCGUUUAAAAAUGUUUUAAGUCAGGGGUAAAUGACAUGUGACCAAUUGUAAAUUAAUGGAUUCCUUAUAUAAAGUUAAAAUUCGUUUUAUAAGGCCUGCAGAAAAAGUAAUAUGUUUGUUUAUUCCAGAAUAUGAAGAGGCUAAAAAGUGGGUGGAAGAACACCUGACAUUCAAUGUUGACCGUUAUGUUAACUUGUUUGAGAUUACAAUACGAAAUCUUGGUGCACUUCUAUCAGCUUACCAUCUCACUGGUGAUGAGAUUAUGAAAGUGAGAGCUGUAAGUGAAUUCUUCUGAUUUUAUUAACAUUUUAUCCUAGUUAUAUCCUGUCUAACAUGUCUCUCGAUAAUCACAUCUCUCACAUUUGUCGCUCUGCAUACUGUCAAAUCUGUCAAAUCAGCUCCAUCACAGUUAGUGCAACAAAAACACUAGUCUAUGCUCUUCUUCUCCUUCGUCUUGACAAUUGCAACCUCCUUCUGUCAGGUUCACCAUAACAAUUCUUAGAAAAUUUAGAAAAGGUUCAAAACUUAGCUGCUAGGUUAGUUCUAGAGGCAAAAAAAUGUGAUCAUGUCACACCACUACUUUAUUCACUUCAUUGGCUCCUUGUACAAGCAAAUAUCUCUGUUCUGUGCCACAACUUUUUCUCGAAUUGCUGCCCUUCCUAUCUAACUGAACUUCUUUCUGUCUAUUCACCCAUUCGACAGCUUCCCUCCUCUGCAGUUCUGCAUAUUCUUUCUAUCACCAAGACUAGCACAAAAACAUACGGUGAACAAUCUUUCCGUUUCUGUGCCCCCAAACAAUGGAAUUCUCUUCCAUUACACAUCCACAAUAUACCGACCAUCACAGCCUUCAAAACUGCACUCAAAACACAUCUCUUUAAACUCUACUAUCCUGACUGAUUCCCCCCUCUGACCGAUAAACAAUGCUGCUGGGUGCCGCCAUGGCUUAACAUGUAAAUAGUUCUGGAAUGAGUGGAGUGAAUACACCUUUGUUUUGUUUUAUUUAACUUACUUAUGUUAAUUAAUUUUUUAAGUUGAUUAUGUUUGUUAAAUUGUAUGUGCAGCGUGGUGAGCCCAGUCCUAGGCUGGGGUACCACGCUAUAUAAAACCACUCAUAAUACCGGUAAUAAUAAUAAUCUUGAAGUAUUUAAAGUGAUUUUAGUUAUAUAGAGGUUCUGGUCAACAUGCUUAUAGUAGCAUGCUGACUAAAGAAGUGCUGCCACUGACCCCUAGACCACCCACAGAACAAAACCCUCAUUGUGUGAGCCUGCGGUAGAAAAAGGGUAGGGAUCAUGAUUCCUAUGUUGCUGAUGAUGGAUAUGAGGCAUGAGGUGGGUGGUGGCAUGGUAAUGGUUCGAUGCACACAGCCCUAGAGGAGGCUGUUCCUAGGCAACUGUUUCAUUCCAGCUACUUUGUGAACUAUUUACAGUGUAGAAACCCACUAUAGAAAACCUUGCUAGAGGGAGUCCGAAGCUUCCCCGGGAUAGGCAGGGAGAAGGAAUGCACCAUUCUUACCCCUGGGAAAGUCAACUGCAGUUGUUUUAAGAGCAACUUCUCCAACCAACCGGAUGUCCUUAGGCUGAGAUGGCGGGGGCUGUCCUAGCAGGAGGAGAUCUCCAAUGUGCCACUUCACGACUCUAUAGUUAGGGCACUUUUCGGGUUUGAAGGGGUGGUUGCUUUGGGGAGGACAUUAAGAGCUUUGGCUAGACGGCUCUCUGAUGUCAUUUCCUAAUUUACAUACACAUGAUACAUCGUAUGGAACAGGAUAUCUAGGAAAUAUUCCAGAGACCCAAAGACCAUUUGGUCAUGUUGCCAAUGGUCAGGGUCAAAUGCCAUACCUGACACACUUGAGAAGUUUUUUUGACCCAUUUAUGGGAUCGGAAUAUUUUUAUAUUUUGCCCUGUGAAGAUCUCCCACUUAACUUUAUUAGAGUAUAGAAAUUUCGUGUUUUUAAAAUAUAAAUAAUGUAAAUCUAGAUAAAUCCUCCCCUUUAGCAAAAUUGUUAUUAAAAUUUUAAUCAUUUACCAUUCUAGGUUAGGAAAAAAUGUUUUCUGAAUUAACAAAGUUUUAAACAAAAACACAUUAAAUUGUGUGUAGAUUGAGCUGGGCAACCGGCUUCUGCCAGCAUUCAACCAUGGUUCUAAGAUACCAUAUUCUGAUGUCAACCUUGCCACUGCCGAUGCUAGACCACCCAAGUGGGGCCCUGACAGCAGCACAUCAGAGGUCACCACUAUACAGCUGGAGUUUAGGGACUUGUCUUUGGUUACAGGAGACAAAAAAUAUGAGGUAAACCCCAGUCACAUGUAGAUUUAUAGUCACAUGAUUUUAAUAAAUUUGCUUGUAUUAAACACCUACUUUUUUAUAUAGGAUAUCUAAAAUUGUGAAUUUCUGGUGAUGACUAAAAAAAAUAAAUGUUUUCAUACAUUUUACCAGUAAUUUUGCUAGAUUUUGUUAAUAUUUUUCUUAAUUUUACCCAAUGAUUACAAAUAAAAUAUUUUUUUUAAAAUUUAUUUAAAUAAAUGGCAACACAUCUCACUGUCUAAAAUGAACAUUUUUAGUUUAAAAAAAAAAUGAAAAUUCAUUACUGAUAAAAGGAUUGAAUAUUUUAAUUAUUCAAAUAAUAUAUUCAAUUCAAUAUUUCCCCAUACCGGUACUAGAUAUUUGAUCCAGUGUAUGUUUUAAUGCUUGAGUAAAAAAUGUAUCCUCCUUUGUCAGGACUAUGUGCAUGAGGUAUCAAUGCAUGUUCAUGAACUCCCCAAGACAGACGGACUUGUACCAAUAUUUAUAAAUGCUAACUCUGGAGAUUUCCGUCCAGCCUCAACCAUAACAAUGGGCGCUCGAGCUGAUAGCUACUAUGAGUAUUUGUUGAAACAGUGGAUACAAAGUGGGAAAAAACUAACUGUGUGAGUCAAAUACUUUUCCUUUGAUGAAACAUGCAUAUGAGUAGAUGCAUACAUACAUGACUUGAGUAUAAGGGAAAUGUGGCAACUAUCUGGAAUUUUUUAGUAAUGGGUAUCACUUGGAACUUAAUGGUAGUAUUCUUGUAGUGUGUUGAAAAAUGUAAAACUUAACAGAGAGACAUAUUUUGAUGCUGAAAAAGAAAGUUAAAGACUUAGAUUAGAGAGCAAAACUCUUUAUCAAUGUAACAAAAAGUGGGCCAUAUGGGUGACCACAGCAUCAUGAAAAGUUUGAAAAAUGAAUGUCUUUUUAUAUUAAUUGAUAAGGAAGUGGGCCACAAAGGUUUUUUAAAAAAAUGUGAGCCAAGAGCAAAAAAAAAAGGGUUAAGAAGCCCUCGCUUAACCCACUUCAUAUUUCAUACUAAAAUUGUGCAUUUGUGAAUUGUAGCAGUUAGUUCCACUUGCAUCAAAUUUGUUCUUAACUGCAACUAAAAUAUCCAUAUUUGAAGAUUAGAAAACAAGAUAGAUAUUUUCAUUGAAAAUAGGAAUAUUUUUGUAAGUUCAUUUCUGUACUUCACAGACUUACACAAAGUUUCACACAUGUAUUUUCUCAUUUAAAAAAACAACAACAAAUAAACAAACACCAGGGCCUCAUACCAGAAAGCAAUCAUAGAUCUUAAAAACAACAUCAAGUAGUUAUCAAAAAAGAACUAGGACAGAAGCAGUUCAUAGACUUCAUAGGAUUCACUCAGGAUUUCAUUAUUUAUUGUUAGGAUAUGAAGGAUAUGAUUUUAUAUUUUAGAGCUUGAAUAAUCAUUGUCUUCAUAACUAUGCAGCUUCAAAGAUGAUUUUAUAGAGAGUUAUCAAGGGGUGAAAAAGUCACUCAUGCGACGUUCUGAGCCAAGCAAGCUUCUGUUUAUUGGUGAACUUCUGAAUGGACGAAACUUCAGCCCCAAGAUGGUAUAGUUGUAAUUUGGUAACAUAAAUAUUUAUAAAAGUUGUUUUAGAGGAUGAAUUGGUCAACAUUUAAAAAAAAAACCUUAAUGAAACAACAGUAAAAAUAAUUUUUAAAAUUGUGAUAUUAUAUAUAUUUAAUAUGUUCUAAGCCUCUUAGGACAAGCAAACAUUAAAAAUUUUAAUGGAAAAAAAAAUGUUACAUUAUGAACCUAAUGUAACCACUCUGGAUGGAUGAAGAUUAGACUUUGGAAAGUAGAGAGCUUCUAUGCAACAAGGCUUACAAUGGACAGAUGCCUUCUAACUUACUUGUUACAGGACCACUUGGCCUGCUUUUAUCCAGGCACCCUGGCCCUGGCCUACCACAAUGGCCUGGGAGAUGAGUACCUGGAGAGUGGCAAAGAAGUGCUGAACACCUGCUGGGAGACCUACAACAGGAUGCCCACAAAGCUUAGCCCAGAGAUUACCUACUUUAACCUUGCUGAAGGAGUUAGUGAAGAUCUUAUUGUUAAGGUAGGCUCAAGAAAUUUUUGGUGCCAAGUCCCCCUUUUUUUUUUUUUAAAUUGUUCUUCUUUUUUGCUUUCCUGUAGACUGUUGACAAUGGAAAGCCUAUUAUUUUUUGCUGUAACUCUGUAAAGUUUGAUUUUAUAAAUUUUACAGGAGACAUUAAAACAUAGUAACUUUAAAAUGAACUUUUUACAAAUUGGGAUUAAUCAUGUGCUAGAAAUAGUACUUUUCCCUUAUGCAAUUUUUAAAAAAAUAUUUUUACAGAACAUGGGGAAGCCCAAAAUAAUUUUUAAAAGAAAAAUUGGAUUUGAGCUUUUGAAGAGUUGUAGCGACAAUAUAUUCAUUUGUUUUCCACAUUAUAAAAUAAUAAUUUGAAGUACAUAGGUGCACAAAGAGAUGAGAAACAUAUGUUACAAUAAUUGGUCAGUGACCCAUUGCUUCUAUGUAUAUUAUAUCAUAUUUUAUUGACACCUGCACAAUAUUGAUCUAUUGUUUGAAUUUUUUCUAAAUUUACCAAAGGUUACUGUUGCUGAUACUUUUCAUUUGCUCAAAUCUCACUUGCUUAUGUAUUGAUUUUCCCAACAUCCUCCCAGCCUCUCGAUGCUCACAACCUGCUGCGGCCUGAGACGGUGGAGAGCCUGAUGUACCUCUACCGUUUCACCGGGGACCAAAAAUACAGAGACCAGGGCUGGCAGAUAUUUAAAGCCUUUGAAAAGCACACCAAGCUGAAAGAGUCCGGCUAUUCGUCCAUCAACAACGUGAAGGACGCCGGCAACCCGAGAUUCAGAGAUAAAAUGGAAAGUUUUUUCCUGUCUGAGACUUUAAAGUACUUGUAUCUGCUGUUCAGCGAUGAUCCGCGUCUGAUCUCUUUAGAUGACUAUGUUUUUAACAGCGAGGGCCAUCCCUUUCCAAUUGUAAAAGAUUCCAUGGCUGAAUGAAAAGGUUUCCUGUUGCUGAAUGAAUGAGACUGACACGGUUGAGCACCCAUGCCAAUGUUUGUUGAUCAUUACUUCAUCAAGGAACCCACCAUGGAGUUACAGCUCUUUAUUUUAUUUGCCAGUGUGGCCCCUUGGGGGAAAAAAAGGUGAUGGUUAUAUACAACAAAAACACACCAAACUGUAUGAUGUGAAUACUGUAUGAUGUGAAUACUGUAUGAUGUGAAUACUGUAUGAU